GUAAAGCAGAUAAAGCAACUUUCAACCGGAGAUGGUAGAAUAUACAAAAUAAACAGCGACAAGCAUCAAACAAUUUUGGAGAAACAUCGUCGAGAUGCGGAUGAUGAUGAAAAAAGGACGAAUAUCGAAAGAGCUACAAUUCCGGCAAAAAAGAUCAAACAUCAAAUGAGAAAAGAAAAUAAAUCGGAAACUAUGUACACAGAUGAAAGCCUCUCCCAAGAAAGCGAAAAUGAAACUGAGAAGGGAUUGGACAUUAAUUCUCAAGAAAAUAUCAAGAAAAACAUUAUUAGAGAUGAUGUGGUAAAUAACCGACAUUUAGGAAACACUAUUGAUCACUCAGAUGCUUCAAAGGAUAUUUUUUCGAUUUAUAAAGAACAAGAUCCCGAUGCAAAUGUAAAUUACGAGUAUGGAGAAACUACACCGAAAAAACAUGUUAAAUGGAAUCGUGCAGACGGCGCAGGAUUCAUGGCAGAUGCUGACAAGUAUCAGCUCGUCUAUAUAGAAGAUUCGAGGUCGGUAGCAAGGAAUGAUAAGGAAAUUAAUGAUCUAGAAAAAAAUAACAAAAAGCGUCUGCCGAGUAGGUUAUGCGCAUUUGGUGGUCAAAGCUUUCGUCUUCGAAUACAUUUAUUCGCUAUCGAUUGCCGUGGAACGUAUAGAUUAAAUGAGGUUGAGAGCGCUAAUCUUCCUCGAAAAUUUUCUGAAAUGAAAGAUUUCCUAUUGAUCCGAAAUGUUACCGAAUCCUUCGAUCUAUCUAGAACCGAACCGGGACCAUCACGACUUUCGUUCGCGAAUAUCCUAUUUCAAUUGGACGAAUGA